UCCCCUAAGCUUUGCAUGGACUGUACCAGAUUUACAGCAAGGCAAGUCUAUUACAUAAAUUAUCAUCAUAACCCAUUAUAUUGUAAACACAGGUACACAUCUGAAGCCUCACAUAGGUCAGAGGUCACAACAGAUUACAAGCGUCCAAGUUCAACGUCAUACGAGGAAGAAUUGUUGAGACGUGCGUAUGAUCGUGUCUCACAUCAGCAACAUGAUAAACCUCACACAGUACCAGGUGUUAGAUCACACGAGUCAAGUGCUAUCAUUCCAGGCUUCAAAACAUUACAAGAUCAACAGGCAAAAUGGUCGGAUAUGUUUCACAAGAUAGAAGAUGAGCAUCGUUUGGAACUACGGUCCCAGUAUGAUCGUCAUCAGUAUAAUAUACAAAGGUUGCAGCAACAGAUGGAGUUAGAGCUGCAGAAACAACACCUUGCCAUCAGGAAAAAACUUGAUAUUCACAAGGAAGCUCUUGCCAAAAUGUCCCCAGACAGAGGCAGUUCAGGACGACAAAGGUCACCUGAUAGAAGUUUAUCACCAGAGAGAGGUCAAAGGUCACCAGAGAGAGGUCAAAGGUCACCAGAGAGAGGUCAAAGGUCACCAGAGAGAGGUCAAAGGUCACCAGAUAGACCUAAAGUUGAAAGAUCAGGUGAGCAUACAGAUGUUUCAACCAUGCAGAAUGCAUUUGACUCUAAAAGUUGGCGGGAAAUUUAUCGUGAAGUGAGGCAGGAAGAAGAACAAGACCAUUCUCCACCACGACCGUUGAAACGGACAUUAGAUGACGACUUUGCUACUCUGGAUUCAACAUUAGAAAGGUCAAGGCCGUCAGGAGAAAGGUCAUCGCCACGUGGAAGUAGUGACCUUUCAAGGUCAGGUAGUCGAGAUCCUUCAAGGGAAGUCAUCAUAAGUGGGUCAGAAAGAACACAGCCGAGCAUGAGAUUGUCAAAGGCAGAGCGUGAUAUGUCACUUGGUAAGAAUGUGAAGGUCAGUUCACGGCAAAGGUCACCAGAAGGAAGAGAUUCAAGGUCAUUUGAGAGAGAUUCUAGGUCAUCUUUUGGAAGAGAAUUAGUUCCACCCCUUCAUUUACCAGAUGGUGCUUCACCGGAAGGGGUAUCUCGCCAUGUUCAGGAACUUCUCGACAAUUUGAAUGACAGCCGACAUAGUUUGCAUGACCUUGAGGAUGGUGUGACCUCGGGACGACCUUUACCUCACCAUGGUGACAGGUCAAGUGAGAGACCAAGAGCAGGAGUCUAUAGUAGUCCAAUGCCUUCAUUUACCAGCUCAAGAUCCCUUCAAAAGCCAGCAGAAAAGUUGGUAGAUACAUCAUCUACAAAUAUGAACAACAAUCGCUUUACUCAGUCAUUGCCAGUGGGUCGUGAUAGGGCAGAGUUUUACACUGAGAGACCAAGAACAACUGGAGGAAGGGAUAGAUCUGGUGAAUCAUUGAGGACAGAUGAUGUUUGUUUAUCACCAAGUACACGUAUGAACCUGAGAGAGAAACACGCAAAACAUUUAAAUGAUCUGAGGACAUAUUACGAAGAUGAGUUGAGAGAGUUACGUAAAGCACUGUCUGAUACAAUGGAUGCGUCAGCAGUUAGUGUCAACACGUCGUUACAGUCGUCAGCACAUGAUCCCCUUCUAGAGGCGGAGAAUAGGCAGUUGUCUGAUAAAUGCCGCAUGCUGGAGGAUGAAAUGGAAGAAGUGCAGAAACAAGUAAGAACCCUUGAACAGAAGAAUCAUGGUCUUGAAAAAAGGGCUAGCGAGUAUGCAGCAGCUUAUGCUGACUCUCAGACAAUGAGUGUACAACAUCGGGCACACAUCGAGGAGCUACAGAGAUACUGUCGAGAACGUGACGAUCUCAUCAACGAACUUGAAUCAAAAAUGGUAACCAAUGACGACAGCGUGAAAAUAUACAAGAAGAACUUAGAUGACGAGAUAGAGCUGCAUAGACAAGAUAAAAUAGCAUUACAAAGGAUGUUGGACAGAUACGAGUCAUUGGAAAGGGAAUACAAGCUAUUACAAGAGACUAUGAGUACUACAGAAAACAAACUGUAUGAAACGAGGACAGAGAUUGUUGAACUUAAUAGAAUCAUAUCAAAGUUAGAACUAGAGAACAAGCGACUAGGGAGAGAAAAUGACAACUUACGACACAAAGUUACGCAGUCAUUAAAUUUGUCAACACUUCAUGAAUCGUUUGGAAGUCCAUCAUCUCCGAGGGAUGUGCAGAAUAUUCUUUCAUCUCACUCAGCAGCCUCUGCUGGGCUUAAUACGUCCCUGAGCAUGUCACAGUCUGGUCCCCCUGAUGGUAGGCUACCAGGGUUUGCCACGUCAAUGAAGGAUUGGACACCGGCUCAGAAAUCCCGUCCAAAAUCUGCCGAGACUAACCGGUCAAGAACUGAAGAAUUUAACUCAAGCAAGCAGUCAGUUGUACAGAAGGAGAAAAAGGUUUCUAAAUCCAGAAGAAAGGAGGAUGUAGAAUCAAGUAAAGGGAGACAAUCAGAGAAAUCAACCGGUGCUAAAAAUAUCCGUGGAGAUUCGUCUAUAUCGUCAUCAAGAGAAGAUGUGACUAACAGAUCACAGUCUAGAAGGAAAGAAGGUGAUGAUAGGCCAGUAAGGGACACAACUCCACCUAGGAGAAAUGUAUCACCACCAAGAAGGGAGUUAACUCCACCAAGAUCAGCAUCACCAUGUAGUCAGGCAGAAUCAGAAGUAUCAGACUACUCUCCACUAUUGAAGGCGGAGAGAGAAUUAUUCAAGCUACGUGACAUGAUGCGCCAGGCAGUUGCCGUGAAACCAAGUUCUUCACCGCCUCCGAUUAAACUGCAGAAGAAAUUUUAUGGAAGUGAACGGCCCUCCAGUACGGAUGAUUAUACUCCGGAUUUAGGCGUGCAAAGGGGACGGAAAGAAAAACCCAGUAUUAGCAGUCACUCUAGUGUAGCGAAAACUAAAUCUAGCCAAACACCUGUCAAAUCUGAUAAAUCUAGCUCAAAACGUCAAAGCUCGGUUAAAUCUGAGAAAAGCACUAAGUCAAAAGAUCGAGGAUCAGGAAAAGAUCAAGAUCGAAGGGAAAGAGGAAAGGAAAAAAUGGAGAGAGAAAAUGGAAGACAAAGGGAGAAAACUCCACCAAGGAGAGAAGAGCUUGUAGACACUUCUACUAGGUUUGACAUUGAUUUUAAUGAAGCUGACAAGUCGGUAACAGUGAGUCAAAGAAAAGUGGAUAACCAGUCAGGGAAACAGAAAAACUUGACAAAUGGUGAAACCAGGGACCAGUCUAAAGAUAAAAAUAGCACAAAGGACAAUUAUUCCAGCCAAGGUGCAGAAGGUCAGAUAGAGAACACACUGGACAUGAUGAGACAUGGUCAGUUCACAACACGACCUGAGUGGGAGAAUAUCUACACGUCCUUAGCUAAACCUAAAUCUGAGACACAGUCCGCACCUAGAAACAUGGAAGAGAAGGUCAAGGACAGGUUACGUUCUAUAGCAGAGAUGGAGAGUCGAUAUGAUGGGCUACAGGUGGAGAAACGACAGCUUGAAUCCAGUAUUAAUAAAAUACCUCUACAUGGGAGAGUGGAUAGGAACAACAGAAAACAAAAGGAGGAACUAGAGAAUAAAUUAGAUGCUGUGGAACGAGAGCUAGGAUCGUUACGAAUGACACUAAAACGUUACAAUGUGCUCAAGACUGCAGGAUAGAUUUACACCACUGCCAACACAGUUGUACAGUUCAGAUCUACCCACUUACACGCCUUAUUUAUCUGAACUGACAAAAACUAUGUAGAUAUUAAGUUAUGUCAUAUGUUAAUAUGGAAAUUUAUAUGCAACGUUGUAUUCAGAAAUAACCAAUCAAAUGUAGUAUUACAAAAUUUAAUAAGGGUUUAUGUAACAUGUAUGCAACACUCACAAUGAAAACUUAAAGUUCUUCCAAAACACACCCAAUGUGAUUAAGCAGAAUAUUUGCACUGAUUUGUACAUACAUGCACAUACAUGGGCUUAUUUUAGUAAAAACAACCUGUUUUGGUCCAAGCACUUUAACAGUUUGUUCAUAUAAUCAGGUUAAAAUGUCUCAAUAUUUUCUGUUUUAAUUGAAAGGUGAUUACAUAAACCUACUUCUCAUUUGUGAGUGAAUGUCAUUCUCCCAUAUUCAUUCUUUGUUAAUUUAUAUUUAAUUUACAAACAUAUAAGAAAUCAUUUCACUUAAAUAUACCCUGAUGAAGUCAUUGUCUCAAAAUGUCUACCAGGAUUGUGAAUUUGUAACAACUGUAUAUUAAUUGUUUGUCACAAAUUGAUAAUUUUUUCUAUUCCCCCCCCCCCCCCACACACACACACAUUUUGAUAAUAUUUUAAGAACCACCACACUAGCAUAAUAAGAAGCAAAUUGGCUACUUCUAGCCAUUGCUUGUUUACUAAAAAUAUAUUCACUGUCUGAAUAUUCUCAGAAAUCAUUUCCCGACCACCGUCAUUAAUUGUAGUAAAUUGGCUACUUUAAGCAAUGGCUUCCUCAUUAUAUUUUGAAAUGUAUUUUAUUUCUUUUAAUUUUUUGCAGGUUGUAUUCUUCUAUGUUAUUGAAGAAAAUAAUUGUACCAUAUGUCAAGGAUUUGGUGCAAAACAGUUGUAACUUGUAUGACUAUUUUGCAUCAGAUCCAUAAAUUAUAUGUAUAAUUUACUGUAACUGUGAUAUUUUUACAUACGAUUUCUACAUGUCUUGUAUUUGUCACAAAUUGUUGUUUUGGUGUUCUUGUUUAAAAAGAAAAUCUAAUGUAAGAACUGCUCUUGAACUGGCAGUUUUUGAUUUAAAUUCAUAAUUGAUUAUAGCAAGAAAUUUUCAGGCAAUUUAACCUGUCUUAAAGGACAUUUGUAGGAGAAAAUGAGCACAUACUAAAAGAUUUUGAGCUUUUGAAUACUUUUGAAAAUUCAUGUUAAAUUUGAAUGGCCAAUAGUGGUCUAUAGAGUUUGGUCAAGCUGUAUAUACAUGUAAGAUGGUCUGCCUAAUAACUAGCAUCUACUCAUGGGGACAGUAAUGAUUUUACUCCUUAGAAAUUAUAUAAGGUGUUAACACGUUACUGCAUGAAGUUGAUGAUCUGUUAUUUCUACCUGCACUUAAAGAACUUAAAGAUAGCUGCAGAUAUUAAUAAACAUAUUGUCACCUUUGUGCAGUAACGGGUUAACUCCUAUUAGAUUAUAUAAGGAGUUGACCUGUUGCUGAAUUAAGGUGGCAAAUUAUAAUGGUCUUAACUGAAAUUUCAGGAUGACAAAAGUUUAGAUAAACAAGUAUAUUUUAUAUAGUUUAAAUUGAAGGGAUCAUGGCUUCCAAAAUUUGAUCGAGAUAAAGCAAAAAUCAAGUAAAAUGAUGUCAAGAUAAUCAUAAUUGAUGGUACAAAAGUUUUUGUUACGAAGGUUGACAGUGUGAGAGGUUUUCUAACUUUUAUUCAAUGUAUUUAUAGGGCAACAUUAAACAUGUAAAAGCAGCAUGUCUCGAUAUUAAACUCAAUUAUUAAAAUGUUCUUAUAUUACGAAGUUUAAAUUCAUAAGGGAAAUGAAUUUGCGAACUUGGUAUUAUGUAAAAAUUUAACGCUUCAUGAAUGCUUAUAAUUUAAUACUGCAAAUUUAUCUGACUGAAUAUGAAUGUUUGUAAAAAUCAGUGUUAUAAAUUGGCACAAUAUAUAUUUGCAUUUUAUUUAAGUAAAAAGUAUAAAAAAAUAUCACACAAUUUUUUAAAAUUGCCAGAAAUCUGGUGGGGGGAUACUUAUACAAUUUGUUGCAAGUUUAUAAACCUACCUGUCCAGUAUUUUAGGAUUUAUACUCUACUGCCAGAGAUAUCUUUUUACAAUUUUUUUUAAAAUUUAGUCACACUUUAUGAUAGUAGACUAUAGAUAGAGUAAACAAAUUGCUACUUAUAUUUGGUGCUAGUCAGUAGAAGAAAAAAAAUCUUUUCCUUACACAUCACUGGAAUUUUUUUUACUUUUAUACUCUGUAGAAUUUGUCACCAUAGUGCAGUAACAGGUUAACUCCUAUUAAAUUAUAUAAGGAGUUAACCUGUUACUGCACAAAGGUGACAAGAUAAAAACCUGUUAAUGAACAUGUCUCCCACCAAUGAUACAGGAAUGAUUUCGAAUUAUUUCACUGCAAAUUGUCUACCUUAUGUAUGUUAAGACUUAGUGUUAUUAAAGAGUUAAUUCAAAACGUUAUAGAAUUGUUAAAAAGGUACACAAACAACACUAAGGUGAAUUCAUUUUAUGAUUUUGUUGCCGUUGGUAGCUUAGUAAGUUUUGUAUUCCAAGUUUGAUGUGGAAAUGAAGUUUGUUUUGUUUUAUUACACGAGGGGAAUGGGGUUUUUGGUACACUUAGAUUAGGUCUUAACAUAGAUAGUAUGAUAUUGCAUUUAUAAAUAACAAGGCAUUUGUAUCUGUUUGAUUUUACUGUGUGUUUUACACUCCUGUGAAAUACGAAAAAAACAUUUAACAUAACAGGGACCAACUGUUUACUUAUAUUAAAUAAGAUUGAGUCAAGAUUGAUAUUUUCUAAGAAAGUAUACAAAUUUUUGUUCAUUAUACACUAUAUAUGUCAACAUAUUAACAUGCCAAAGUCAACAUUGCCAAUAAAAUUGUCUCUAGGGCUUUUUAAGUUAUACCUAUUCUUUUUAAAGUUCUUAGUUUGAAUAUGGUUAAUUUUUGGUUAAAGUAUAUUAAGUUCUUUUGAUAUGCUAUUUAUUCAAGUAAAAGAAAUUUGUGUUUUUGAUCAGAAAAUAUUCAAAAUAAGUUACAAGAAAAUUUCAUAACGCUUCUAAAGUCAUAAAAAUUGCAACUAUAUCAUGAUUAUGUAAUUCAAAGGUUGACCGCAAAAAUGCAGUAACUUAUAUCAAAUGAAGGAAGACUUACAACAGUUUUACGGUCAACCCUCAAUAUAUAUUGAAUAUAUAUAUAUUUGUGGCAGCUUGUUUGUGUUGAGUUUUUUUAUAACAUUUUGUAUUUUUGUUAUUUAAGUUUGUUAGCUUAUUAUGUCAUUUUUUUGAGAAAUAAAAAGGUACUAAAACUCA